CCACGUCACUUCCAUCACGCCAGGCUUAUUAUGCUGAUACCUCGUAGAGCAUCAUGAUCCGAGAGCAUCGAAUAAUAGCCCAGUCCCACCCCUAUGGACCCUCAAUGGGAGUUUGAAACGAAUUGGCAGUUGCAAAUAUUCUUAUUGCUAUUACUUUUCCAUGUUAUACCCACUGGCAGUACUCCCGCGAGUCCCGCUCUCGUCUUUCGGUCCAAGGAUGGCCAGUACCGUAUCAGUAUACCUGCUACGAUUGAGCAUCGACACAACCCCUUGAAGCCUCCUUUUGAUAUCUUGUGUACGGAGUAUCUGUCGCAUAUCAUGAUUGAUGAUGGAACCUGGAGAUUACAUACAUUCCACCCGGAGCAGCUCUUUCCUUGAUGUGGACGAGCUGUCCUGGGCAGAAUUGGCGGUUUUGUCCUGCUCGAGGCUCGAGAUCGCAUUUUGAAGGUUGGUAUACAACACAAGCAAU